AUGAUUACGUCAAAACACCCGGAAGAUAAGGAGAAGUCGGUUGGAAAAAGGAAAUCAUUCGCUACAGAACCCAGGCCAGAUUUAUUCUCAACGCCUGAUGAAUAUUACGAUACUAAUGAUAAAGUUAUAAACAGGACUAGAACGCUGUCUAUUUCAAAUAUGGAAUCUAGGCGCAAUAGACCAAAUUCAACGAUCCAAAGGAGAUUGAGCCAUGAUGAACCUUCAAACAUCCCGCGUAGAUUCUUAGUAAACGUUAAUGACACUUUAAAUGUUAUCUUGGAGCAAGAAGAUUUAGACAAUAACUCUCAAAUCUCAAUCACCGACGCUGGCCCAAAGUUAUUUCAACUUGGCACUGCUUCGUCUAACGGCUACAACGCUUUCGAUAUUAGAGGCAACUACAUGCUCUCAAACCUUCUCCAAGAACUUGCAACCGCUAAAGAUCAAGGCCGCUCCCAAAUUCUUCUCGACGAAGCAAGACUCGCUGAAGAUCCUCUCCAGCGUCUCAGCAGGAUGAUUAAGUUCACUUUCUGGUCAAAUCUUACACGCUCUAUCGACAAAAAAGGUCUCGAGAAGGUGAUCUCAGACCCUAAAGAUAGAUCUGGCGAGAAAAGUCCCCUUAUUUACGUUCCAAUCGACGCUCCUCAUAUAUACGACUAUUAUGUAAAGUUGGCGCAGGAAAAACCACAACUCAACCUUCGUGUUGAAAUGCUACCAGCACACCCUGACAAUCCCGCUUUUGUUCGCUCAAUUAGCACAAAACCUGGUCUCUUGGCUUUAGAAAUGCGCGAAUCCUCAAAUGGUCAACUCGAGGGCAUUCCCUUUGUUGUUCCAGGUGCGAGAUUUAACGAAAUCUACUAUUGGGAUAGCUACUUCAUGGCUUUAGGGCUCAUAUCUGACGAUCUCAUUGAUCUCGCUCAAGGCAUCGUCGAUCAUUUCGUUUUUCAGAUUCGCCAUUAUGGCAAAAUACUGAAUGGGAAUAGGAGCUACUAUUUAACACGCUCUCAGCCACCCUUCCUCACCGAUCUUGCGAUGCAGAUCUACCACCGUCUGCCUGACGACACGGAAGCUGAGAGGGAAUCCAACAAGCAAUGGCUUGCGCGUGCAAUAAGAGCUGCUAUCAAGGAGUACCACAAUGUGUGGAUGUCUGAGCCCAGAUUAGACCCUGUUUCCGGUUUAUCGAGAUUCAGACCUCCAUCUAUCGGCAUCCCACCUGAAACUGAGCCUUCGCAUUUCUUGCACGUUCUUGAACCUUUCGCUGAAAAACACGGUAUGGGGGUUGAUGAGUUUAUUACUAAAUACAACAACCAAGAGGUUAAAGAUAGCGAGCUUGAUGACUUUUUCUUGCACGAUAUAGCUAUUAGGGAAAGCGGACAUGAUACGACUACUAGAUUUGAAAACUGCUGCGCGGAUUUGGCAACAGUUGAUUUGAAUACUUUGCUGUACAAGUAUGAGGUGGAUAUUGGUUUCGCAAUCAAGGAUCAGUUCGACGACGAGCUGGAGUUGUUUGAUGAGUUUGAGUUGACGCCGUCGCCAUUCGCCGCCGAGUCCACCGACAGCUCCACGCCAAAGCGCAAAUCAACAGAUGUGACGCAGACGAGCAAACCAUGGUUCGAGCGUGCCAAAGGGCGUCGCGCGCGCCUAGACAGAUACUGCUGGAACGAUGAGGCAGGCAAUUACUUUGACUACAACACCAAAACGCAGAAGCAGACGACGUUCGAGACGGCGACGAGUCUAUGGGCGCUAUGGGCAGGUUGUGCGACCGAAACGCAAGCUAAGGCGUUAGUAGAGAAAGCUCUGCCUCUGUUCGAGGUGAUGGGAGGGAUAACAACGUGUUCCGAGAGGAGCAGGGGACCUUUAACUCCCGAAAAUCCAGCUAAGCAGUGGGAUUACCCUUACGCAUGGCCUCCUCAUCAGGUUAUCGCAUGGGUGGGACUCGAGCGCUACGGUUUCAUGGAAGCCGCUCAGCGGUUGGCGUAUAGAUGGGUUUAUAUGAUGAUAACAGCUUUUGUGGAUUUUAACGGAACCGUUACGGAGAAAUUCGACGCUGUUCGUCUCACUCAUAUGGUCGAUGCUGAGUAUGGGAACCAGGGGAUCGAUUUCGAUUUCGUGCCUAGAGAAGGAUUUGGAUGGUCGAAUGCGUCUUUCCAAGUAGGCCUGUCGUUCCUCACGAAUAGCAUGAAGACGGCACUUUCAGUUUGUACGUCACCUGAGGUUUACUUCAGUCGUAGAGUGGGUGGUGAGAGUGAGGGAUUGGAGAGAGAUGCUCCAGUAACUCCUCCCGCUGUGCUCGCUGCUAAAGGUGACAUUGAUAGCCUGUAUACGGAGAAGGAAGGCGAUGCAGAAGCGCCGUUCGCUGAUAAGAGGAAGAGAAUGUCCAUCGAUGUCUCACAAGCCAUCAAAGGAUUUUCCAAUUAA